AUGAGCAGCGACAGCGAGGACUUCGUGGUCGACGGCCCCGAGCUGGCUGAGGACGACCCCAUGCGCGCAUUCUUGCCGGCUUCGUUUGGGAAGAAGUCCAAGGAGGCCAAUAUUGCAGCCCAGAUCGACCGGAGCCGCAGAGCGGCAGAAAAACCCUCGGCGGGAACGGCCCACGAGGAAUCCGCAGGUCCUCCAACAGCUGCUCAGAAAGAGAAGAAGUCCGACUCAGAUUCCAAUGACAGUGACAGCGGCGACUCCGACUCGGACGACUCCGAGGACGGCGACGACUACCCUGUUUCGCAUGAACUGGUCCUGAAAACCCACGAGAGGGCCGUGACAACGGUCACGCUGGACCCGGCUGGCGGGCGGCUCGUGUCCGCGUCGCUCGACUGCAGAAUCAACCUGCACGAUUUCGCGUCCAUGACGCCGAGCACUCUCCGAGCAUUUCGAAGUGUCGACCCGUGGGAGGCAAAGUCCUCUGCCGCCAACGCCGAAUCGCACCCGAUCCACCACGUCGAGUUCAAUUCCCUGUCCGGCAGCGUCUUUCUCUGCGUGUCCGCCCACCCGCAGGCCAAGAUCAUGUCGAGGGACGGCGACGUCAUCACGGAGUUCGUCAAGGGCGACAUGUACCUGAGGGACAUGAACAACACAAAGGGCCACAUUUCGGAAGUCACGACGGGAACCUGGCACCCAACGGACAAGAACCUCUGCGUCACUGCCGGCACCGACAGCACUCUCCGCAUCUGGGACAUCAACAACAAGCGCAGCCAGCGAGAUGUGAUUGUCUUCAAGUCAAAAGCAGCAGGGUCCGCAGGCCGAACGAGGAUGACCGCCGUCGCCUGGGGCGCCCCAGCCCAGGGCGGCAGCAACGUGCUUGUUGCGGCCGCGCUCGACGGCUCUCUGGUCAUGUACAGCGGCAACAGCCCGUUCUCGAGGCCUACGGCCGAGAUCCGAGACGCCCACAAACCGGAUACUUGGACCGGGGGCAUCGACAUCUCGUCCGAUGGACGGAUGGUCGUCACGCGAGGAGGCGAUAACACAAUCAAGUUGUGGGACACACGGAAGUUCAAGACGCCUCUUGUCACGGUGGACCAUGCAUCAACGUCGGAUCAUUUCCCGAUGAGCAACAUUAGGUACUCGCCAAACUCGACCAGCAUCCUGACGGGCUCUGCGACGGGCGACUUGCACAUCUUGAACCCCGGAAACCUGCGCCCCGAGCACGUGACGCCAAUCACGCCAGGAGCGCCUCUUAUCACAGUCAACUGGCACCCCAAGAUUAACCAGAUCAUCACUGGCUCGGCGAACGGCGAGACGCACGUGCUGUACAGCCCGACCAUGUCUUCCCGGGGCGCCGUCGAGGUGAUGUCGCGGGCGCCCAAGAAGCGGCACAUUGACGACGACCCGUCCCGGACGACGGAUAUGUCGGUGGGCAUGUCGGGUGAUUCCAUUGUCACGCCGGGCAGUGUGAUGGCCGGCAGGAGGAACGCGGGAGUGACGGCGUCAGGAAAGUCCAAAGACCCUAGGAGACCGGCUGUCUUGGAGCAGACGCCAUUCAUGAGGAACCAACCCGACGAAAAGCACAUUGCGGAUAACAUUCCCCUGGCCAAGAUGCUCCACGAAGACCCCAGAGAAGCGCUCCUCAAGUAUGCCGACGCUGCGCAGAAAGACCCGAUGUUUACCGCUGCGUGGCAGAAAACACAGCCGGUCACCCAGUAUGCGGAUGUGAGCGACGACGAAGAUGAAGGCCCGGACAAAAAGAAGGCGCGGCGGUGA